CGUAGAGAGCCCAUCUAUAUUGAUUCACAGGGAAAAGUUCUCAGUCACCCGCUUGUGACCCGAACCCUUUCUGACUUCACUUCUCAAAACUUUCGCGCCCGAAAAGGAAAAACGGAAUAAAAGCCCUAAUUUCACCACAAACACAGUCCCAAUAUUUCCAAAAUUCAACCUAUCAAAAUCCUAAUUCCUCAAUCCAAAUGCUCCGAAAUCAAAUCGAGAACCUUAAUUGAGUUUCUCAUGCUCCGAGAAUUCGAAUUGCUCGCCAAUCUAAAGUUCCACUUAAGGUAGAAACCAAAAGAAGAAACCCUAAUUUUCACUAUGGACCUACCGAAGGACCUUCUUGUAGGAUUACCUAAAACUCCAUUACCAUUAGGACAGGAGAAGAAAUCACAACCCAAGAAAGACUCACAAAGAAAACCUGAUGGCAUUUCCCGCGAGGUGUAUGCACUUACUGGUGGAUUGGCACCUCUUAUGCCUUCAAUUGAUACUAGUCAAUUGAAAAAACGACCCCCAUCAGAUGAAAAGAUUACAUGGCAAUGGCUUCCUUUUACGAGUUCUGCUAGAAAAGAUAAUUUGCAACUUUACCAUUGGGUUAGAGUUGUGAAUGGUGUUCCACCAACAGGUGAUUAUUCAUUUGCCAAGUAUAACAAGUCAGUUGAUGUUGUCAAGUAUACGGAAGAAGAGUACGAGAAGUAUUUGACUGAUCCUAUGUGGACCAAGGAAGAGACAGAUCAAUUGUUUGAUUUAUGUGAAAGGUUUGAUCUCCGCUUCGUCGUUAUAGCUGACAGAUUUUCAUCCUCUCGGUCUUUAGAGGAAUUGAAGGAUCGCUAUUAUAGUGUUUCUCGAGCUAUAUUGGUUGCUAGAGCUCCAUCUCCAGGGGAUGUUUCAGGACACCCUCUUGUCAAGGAACCAUACAACAUUUCACAAGAGACAGAGCGCAAGCGUGCAUUGUCCAUGUUCCUUUCGCAGACAAAGCAGCAAGAGCGAAAAGAUGCUGAGGUUCUUGCUGAGGCUAAAAGAAUAAAUGAGUCACGCGCGGCUACUAAGGGUGCUGAAGAAUCUGUAUUGGCUGUAGCAUCAAAUGCACCAGAAAUUGCUGAGGCGCCUACUAAUCUUGAUGAUACCGUAUCACCUUCAUCCAAUACUCAGCUUGCCUCUGCAUCAGUUGGACCUUCAGCUUCAGGAAUGGCAGAAAAUGCCUCUACUCUAGCUUCUCUGCGGAUGCUUCGUGUAUAUUUGAGAACUUAUGCACUUGAGCAAAUGGUGCAAGCUGCUAGUUCGUCUGCAGGACUUCGGACAAUCAAGCGAGUUGAGCAAACAUUGCAAGAUCUUGGGGUCAAUUUGAAACCAAGAGUGCCAACCAAAGCUGUUUGUGCAGAGCACCUUGAAUUAAGAAAAGAAAUACUGACUCUGCUGAAUCUUCAAAAGAAGUUGCAAUAUAAAGAGGCAGAAGGUUCUUCUUUUCGUGAAGGCUCAUAUACUGAAAUGCCAGGCACACCUAAGUGUUCACACCGUGAUCAAGAUCGAACAUUUAUUCCAGACACAAUGAGUUUUGGAGGGGAAAGGCCUGGCAGAAGGGACCCAAAACGCAAGGGACCUGGAAGGGUAUCUGAGGCACCAUCAUCUCCAGCUCAUAAAAGGCCCAGAAAACUAAAGGCUUCUGAUCUAUGAUUUUGAAGGUUGACCAAAAUUCGUUGCUGGUUUGGCAAGCUAGCUAGCUAUGGGCGGGGCGGGGCUAUUCAUAUUUGUGCCUCGGAGGGCUUGUGAAGCCUCUGUCCUUCAGUUGCAAGUUGGACAAGUCUUUUGCCACUAGGAGCUACGAUAACUUUUUAUCAUAACCACAAGAUUGUAAAAUCAUUUUACGAUGAAGCACAUAGGGCGUAUGACUUUAGCUUUGUACGAAUGCUUUUCAUUUGGAGGCAUUAGGCAUUUUUCUUUGAAGGGCUUUAAGCAUUUGUUAAUUAGUGAAAGUAAGUAUGUAAAUAUAUGCCAUCCUAAAAUGUGAACCGUUGUCUUCCGGGAAUGCAAGUGAUUGUUUUGCAGUCAUAAAAA